GUCUGGUGAAUGACAUGGUGGGGGCCACGGUCACAUGUGGAAGGCCCUUAUUGGGCUGCAUAAUGUCCCCCAAAACUUGUGCCCACCUGAACCUCAGAGAGGAAACUUGUGUGGAAAUAGGGUCAUUGCAGAUGUGGUCAAGUGAAGGUGAGGUUGGAGUGGAGGGGGAGGCCCUGAGUCCAAUGACGGGUAUCCCUGUAGGAAGAGGGAAACGUGGACACAGACACCUGUGGCAGGACAGCCAUGUGACUACGGAGGCAGAGGUUGGGGGUAGCGAGGCUACAAGCCAAGGAACACCUGGAGAGCCAAUGGAUGGAUUCCCCCCAGGGCCUCAGCAAGGGACCAACCCCGACGACGCCUCCAGAUGCCGGCACCUGCUGCCCCAGAGGCCCCAGAAGCUCAGGACGUGGAGGAGAUGGCCGCAGGUGUGAUCCGGCCACUCUGUGACUUCCUGCUGCCCCUGCCGUCCCAUGGGCCCUUCCUGCCCUCAGACCCAGAGCCUCCAGACACUUCUGAGGAGGAGGAGGGAGAGGAAGAGGAGGAGGAUGGGGAGGAGGAGCUGGAGGUCGAGGGGCCAGGAGCCCGCAGCCCAGCCCCCCAGAGCUCAGGUUGGGCCUCAGCUGCCCCAGAUGUGGCCCCUCUGGAUCCGAGUGGCCCCGAGACGCCGCUGCAGCUGCUGCGGUUCUCCGAGCUCAUCAGCGGCGACAUCCAGAGGUACUUCGGCCCCAAGGACAGGGGACAGGACCCAGACGCCUGUGACAUCUACGCCGAUGGCUGCCGAGUGGGCAGCUCAGCCCAGGAGCUCUACUGUGCUGACCUGGUGCGCCUGGCCCAGGGUGGGCCCCCAGAUGAUGGCGAGGCUGCCGAGCCCAGCAUUCACUCGCCCGGGGGUUCCGAGGGGCAGGCGCGGGGGCUGGGCCUCGGUGGGGUCAGGGCACAACCGCUGGGGCCCCUGGCAGAGCUCUUUGACUAUGGGCUGCGGCAAUACCCGGUGCCCAGGGCGUGGGCCAGCCGCCGGCUGCGGCUGGAGCGCAAGUAUGGCCACAUCACCCCCAUGACCCAGAGGAAGCUGCCUCCCUCCUUCUGGAAGGAGCCAGCGCCCAGUCCCCUGGGCCUGCUCCACCCUGGCACGCCCGACUUCAGCGACCUGCUGGCCAGCUGGUCAGCGGAAGCUGGCCCCGAGCCGCCCGGUGGGGGCGCCCAGACCCUGGAGGAGGUGCAGCUGGCAGAGGCCUAGCGAGUGGGCCGGGGUCAGCGGGGGUGAGAA